GGACUAACGGCUACACAAUGGAUUUAUAAAUGUUAGAAUUUCGUCCUGACUUGUUUGUGAAUAUAUUCAACCAAAACUACACAUGAGUAGCCGGUUAACAGAUAUUUUAUCCAGACUCUGGGCUUCCCAAACGGACUGAGGUGAUCCGCAGCAGGACUUCACACAGGGAGAAGAUGCCUUUUCAUCAUGUGAGAGCUGGGCUGCUGUACACAGACAACUUCCUGGCCCACUCGCUCUCUGAAAUCAGUGAGGAACACCUAGCCAACAUCUCCACUGAAGAGCUUGGUGAGAUCCGAGAUGCCUUCCGGGUGCUGGACAGAGAUGGGAAUGGCUUUAUCUCCAAGCAGGAGCUGGGUAUGGCCAUGCGUUCACUGGGCUACAUGCCCAGUGAGGUGGAGCUAGCCAUUAUUAUGCAGCGGCUAGACAUGGAUGGUGAUGGACAGGUUGACUUUGACGAGUUCAUGAUGAUACUCGGACCUAAAGUCCUCUCAUCCGACACCAGAGAAGGCUUCCUGGGCAGCACAAUAGACACCAUAUUCUGGCAGUUUGACAUGCAGCAGAUGUCUCUAGAGGAGCUAAAACAAGUCCUGUUUGAUGCCUUUCGGGACCAUCUGACCAUGAAGGACAUCGAAAACAUCAUCGUAAAUGAGGAAGAAAGCCUCAAGGAGAACUCAGGAAACUGCCACACUGAGUUUGAAGAAGUGCAUGCGAUAAAGAAGAAUCGACAGACGUGCGUCCGAAAGAGCCUCAUCUGUGCGUUUGCAAUGGCCUUCAUCAUCAGCGUCAUGCUCAUUGCAGCCAAUCAGAUGUUACGGAAUGGCAUGGAGUAACCCCACUCACUGUGACUUUUGGGAGAUAUAACUUGUGCUCCAUUUAACUUCCAA